AUGGACAAAGUGCUCAGCAGCCUCCUGCUUCUGGGAACCGCAGUGAUGAUGGCCCACGCAUGCCCCAAGUACUGUGUCUGCCAGAACCUGUCUGAGUCCCUGGGUACCCUCUGCCCAUCCAAAGGCCUGCUCUUCGUGCCUCUGGACAUAGACCGGCGGACCGUAGAGCUCCGCUUGGGCGGCAACUUCAUCCUCAAGGUCACACCGCAGGACUUUGCCAACAUGACGGGCCUGGUGGACCUCACCUUGUCCCGCAACACCAUCAGUGCCAUCCUGCCUUUCUCCUUCCUCGACCUGGAGACCCUGCGCUCCCUGCACCUGGACAGCAACCGCCUGACCGAGCUGGGACCGGACGACCUGCGUGGCCUUGUCAACCUGCAGCACCUCAUCCUCAACAACAACCAGCUCAACCGCAUCUCCAAGGUGGCUUUUGACGAUCUGAUGCUGACACUGGAAGACCUGGACCUGUCCUACAACAACUUGCGGGGCGUACCUUGGGAGUCCAUCCGCAAGAUGGUCAACCUCCACCAGUUGAGUCUUGAUCAUAACCUCAUCUCGCACAUCACAGAGGGGACAUUUACGGACCUGGACAAGCUGGCGCGCCUGGACCUCACGUCCAACCGGCUCCAGAAGCUCCCGCCAGACCCCAUCUUCGCCCGUUCCCAGACUAACUUAAUACUGACCACUCCCUACGCCCCUCAGCUUUCCCUGAGCUUUGGGGGAAACCCCCUGCAUUGCAACUGUGAAGUGCUUUGGCUCCGGAGGCUGGACCGAGAGGACGAUAUGGAGACGUGCGCUUCCCCUACCAGUCUAAAGGGACGCUACUUUUGGUACGUGCGGGAAGAAGAGUUUGUCUGUGAACCGCCCCUGAUCACCCAACACACGCACAAGUUGUUAGUCCUGGAGGGCCAAACAGCUAGCCUGCGCUGCAAAGCUAUCGGCGACCCAAUGCCGAUCAUACACUGGGUCGCCCCAGACGACCGUUUGAUUAGCAAUUCGUCCCGAGCGACCGUGUACGAUAACGGCACCCUGGAUAUUACCAUCACCACGUCCAAGGAUUACGGCACCUUCACUUGCAUCGCAGCCAACGCAGCAGGGGAAUCGACCGCCUCUAUAGAACUGUCCAUCAUUCAACUGCCACACCUCAGCAAUGGUACCAACCACACCGCACAGCCCAAGUCCCGGCUGUCGGACAUCACCAGCUCUACCAAGACCAGUAAGGGGGAGUCCAAACCUGUUCCGGAAAAGGUGGUAUCUGUAUCGGAGGUGUCUGCGUCCUCUGCUCUGGUCAAGUGGACUGUUAGCAAAACAGCACCCAAGGUCAAGAUGUACCAGCUCCAGUACAACUGCUCCGAAGAUGAAGUCCUGAUUUACAGGAUGAUUCCCGUGGCCAGCAAAACCUUCUUAGUCACCAACCUGGUCCAAGACAUGCAGUACAACCUAUGUGUCCUGGCUAUCUGGGACGACACCGCCACCACCCUAACUGCCACCAACGUAGUGGGCUGUGUGCAGUUCAUCACCCGUAACAACUACCCGCAGUGCCAGUCCCUCCAAAGCCAGUUCCUGGGCGGCACUAUGAUCCUGGUGAUAGGUGGCAUCAUCGUGGUCACGCUCCUCAUCUUCAUCAUCAUCCUCAUGGUUCGGUACAAAGUGUGCAGCAGCCCCCAGUCCAGCAAGCUGCCAGUGGUUAGCAACACGUACUCCCAGACCAACAGUGGGAGUACGCAGGUCAAACCUCAGAUCACAACCACAGUGGUGGUAAUGCGGGAUGAGAUGGUGGAAUUCAAAUGUGGCUCGCUCCAGGGCAGCCUCUCCUCGUCUUCAUCUGACUCGUUGGACAGUCGCAACACUAGAGGCAGAUUAGGAAACAAGGACCAGUACAGUCUUCGAGACAUCGAGUUCAGCACACUCCCCAGCACCAGUAAUUGGAGGAGGCACAGGGGGCCAUCAUCAGCCAAGGCUAGGCCCAACUUGGACAACCUUUUAGGGGCCUUUGCCUCACUGGAGCUCCGGAGCUCGGCUACGACUAGGGACCAAGGGGCAUCUUGUUCCUCCACUACCACCUCCAGUGCAUUGGUGGCUGUGACCAUGGCCCCUCCGUCUGACAAGGAACCCUUGCUGGGCCGAGCCGAUUCCACCACCAUGCUGGGGCGUUUUCUAGGCCUGCCCCAGGAAGGGAAGCCCAAGAGGAGCCACUCAUUCGACUAUGGCCACGUGGGUAGCAGCGGUGGCGCACAGAGCCUCAGCAACUACCCCCGUCACAUCAGCAACAUCUGGACUAAGAGGAGCCUGUCGGUAAACGGGAUGCUACUGCAGUACGACGACAGCGAAGACGGUGAGGGCGAAAAGGCACCAUUCGAGAGCUCAGAGUGGGUGAUGGAGAGCACUGUUUGA